AAGAGAAACACAAAAGGCGGGGAGGGGUCUGGACAGAGCAGCCCAGAAAGAGGCUGGGACAAGGGAGAGGCCGGGUGGGAGGAGUUAGGGACGAAGGGGACGGGUCUAGAGGGGCUGAGGACGCGCAGAGGGGGCGGGCAGUGCGGGGCAGUGCGGGGCGGCGGUCCCCGCGGAGCCUGCACUCUUGCCGCGACCCCACCCGUGCUCCCCUUCGCCUGCAGCCCGGUCCAGCCCGCGGCGACCCAGCGCCCAGUGCCAGGAGCCAGGCGGGGCGGGCAGGUGCCGCGGGGGGCGUGAGAGGAAGGGCCGCGCUCCCGGGGCGGGCCGAGGCGGGCCUGGAGGCCUCCGGGGUGGGGACCCGGACCGAGGCCCCCCGCGGGUCCCUGCCAGCGAGCAGCGAGGCCUGAUCCCAGCGCAGUCGCUGUCCCCUCCUUGGAAGCUGCGGGCCAGAAGGGAGCCGAAGGACUCAGGCGCCUAACGUCGUCCCCCGCGGAGGGGGCCCCCGAGAGAAGUUCAAGGAGAACGGGGGAGGGGAUGGAUGCUGAAAGGCUAAGCUCGGAGUUCCCUGGCCUGCAAACUGACAGAGCCCCCAGGCGGCCUGGGCUCCAGACACUCCUGCAGCAGCUCCCUCCCCAGGACGGUGGGGAGCGCUACUGCCUGGCUCUCAGCGAGGAGGAACUGCCGGCACUACGGCUCUUCUGUGCCCAGAGGAGGCAGGAGGCCCUGGGGCAGGGGGUGGCCCGCCUGGUCCCUCCCAGGCUCGAGGGGCACCCUUGCGAGAAGUGCAGGGAGCUGCUGAGACCUGGGGAGCACGGCGUGUUCGCAGCCCCCGCGGGACAGCGGCGCUGCUGGCACCCCGCGUGCUUCACCUGCCAGGCGUGCGGCCAGGCCCUCGUUGACCUCAUCUACUUCCACCACGACGGGCACCUCUACUGCGGCCGGCAUCACGCUGAGCUGCUGCGGCCGCGCUGCCCGGCUUGUGACCAGCUCAUCUUCUCCCCGCGCUGCACCGAGGCGGAGGGACGGCGCUGGCACGAGAACCACUUCUGCUGCCAGGACUGCGCCGGGCCCUUGGGAGGAGGUCGUUAUGCCCUGCCGGGGGGCGGCCCCUGCUGCCCCGGCUGCUUUGAGAGUCGCUAUUCGGAGUCAGGCUCAGGCCCGGCCGCGACCCUUGCAUUCGGAAAGACGCCCCUAGUUCAACGAGAAGGGGACGCGAGGCGCUCCCGAGCGGCCUUUCCCGCCGGCUGCGGCCCGCCGAGUCCGGGCCGGGGUCCCGAAGAGGCCGAGCCCUGCCGCACCUGCUCCUCGUCCUCGGAUUCGGAACCCGAAGGCUUUUUCCUAGGCCGGCCUCUUCCCCGGCCCCGGGAGACCCCCGGAGACGCCCAAGCUGAGGCCGAGGCCUCCGGGAAGCACUGCACCGUCUGCUAGUGGCGC